AUGGUCCUCGCUCGUCCUCAUAUUCUUCGCGCAUCCGCCAGGGCCGUUGGCAUUGCAGCUCGACGACCCCCCACUCGGCAAUUCGCGCGCAGGACAUACGCCCAGUCGCAUGAGGCGCCCAAGUCUUCCGAUCUUCCAUGGCUUAUCGCAUCAGUCGGUCUGGGUGUCCCAGCAGCAUACUACAUCUUUCAAUCCCGGCCCCAGAAGAAAGCUCAUCACGGUCAUGAGGAGGAGCCCAAAGCCGAGCCCGUGAAAGAGGAAGAGGAGAAGGAGGCCAAGGCUCCCGCAGGAGAAGCUGCUCCUCAGCCCGAUCCUGAGUCGGAGCAGAAAGUAGAGUCUUCGUCCUCGUCAUCGAAUGGUGCUCCGUCAACGGAUGGAAAGGCGCCUUCAGAGGCAGACGAGCCCGCCUCUCGCAAGGAACCCGCAUCCUCUGCCACCAUCUCCGCUAAGCAGGAGGGGGUCUCCAACGCGGACACCUCCCAUCCGUCCGUGAACGAGCCCGGGAAGAGCGUCAAGGGCGAAGGAGAGACCGAGACCGCAAAGGUGAAGGGCGCUGUUUCCCCCGAGCGCCCCCAGGCGUGA